AGUCUCUUAAUUGGAAGAAAAGAGAAGGAGUGGGCGGAGGAAAAAUAGCCCGUUCAUAUAAAGGAUUCAAACGGCCAGUCUGAAGUCCGCUCUUGUCAAGUCUGUUUUGGUUAUUGAAUUUAUUCGUAAGAGUUGGAAUUUAUUUCUUUUCAUUACACCUAUCAAUUAACUUUGGAAUAAGAAGAGACUAUUAUUAUAUUUUUUUCAUUAUCAUUGUUACAAUUCAAUUCAAAAAUGAUAAUAACUGUCAAGUACGGUGCUAAACAAGAAGCUGUAUUCAAUCCUGAAUGCUGGAAUUAUACCCUCUUAGAAAGCAUUAGAGAUCAAUGCAAAUGCUACGAUACGGAUAUUGAGUUAUCGGAUCCGAAUGGAAACGUAAAACACCUUAGAGACAACCCAUAUAGAUACGCUAGCGAGGCCCUAGACGAUAGAGAAGUUUGCGUCUUAUUAAAAGUUGAUUGUAAUCAGGAAGGAGAAACUUCCUACCAGCCAUUAUUGGAUGAUACAGACGCCAUAACAGAUAAAUUUCUUGAACAACUCCAUUCAAAAGUUGAUGAUAAGAAUAUAAUGAAAAAGCGUAAUCAGAAAAAGACUGUAUUAAAUGGUAUUAAAGUUAAAACGCCUAAAGCCCGAAGUAAUGGAAAGUUGAGUGCAAGAUAAGAUAUGCUCUGUAACUUUUUACUUUACUUGAAAAAAUAUAAAACAACAGACUUUUUUUUUUAAAAAAAAAAAUAAAAAAUAUAUUAAAAAGAAGAAAAGAAGAAUAACGAUGAAAAAACAGCUACAAACAAUUGUGCCAAUAUGUUUAUACUAAUACAGUGUAUACAAAUUUUCCAUACAGAUAUAAAUUUAAUUUUAAAGGUGGCGUGUAAAUAAGAAAACAACCUAUAUUUAUACAUUCAAUGUAUACAUUCACUUAU